AUGAAACGAAUACUACUGCUGUGUUUCCUCCACGGAUUCAAAGGCAACGACUUCACCUUUGGAGACUUCCCUCAGCACCUUGAGGAGACCGUCGCCAACAACCUCGAAGGCCACGAGGUUGCCUCUGUGGUCUACCCGCAGUAUGAGACACGCGGAGAGCUUGCACAGAGCACUGAUGCGUUUCUGGAAUGGCUAAAAGAGCGCGUCGUGGAGUUACGAAAGGCGCGCCUUGAGCACCCCUGGCCGCCCAACGACCGGAGCGUGGGCGUGAUCUUGAUUGCCCAUUCCAUGGGGUGUGUGCGUCUUCCUGGUCUGGAACGACCUCACUUACCUCCCACCAGUGGCUUCGUGGCAAGCGACUGCCUCUUCCGCGUCCUCGACGAGAAGCGCCAGAGCGAGUCGCCGUCCAGCCCCCUGUUCCCCCUCAUCCAGGGCAUCCUCGCCUUCGACACGCCCUACAACGGGCUCGCCCGCUCCAUGUUCGUGUACGGCGCCUUCUCCAACUACCAAAAGGUCAGCAACGUCUUCAACAUCAUGACCGCCCUGUCCGCCGCCACCCCGGCCGCGCUGUCCCGGCUCGCCUCCCGCCGCGCCGUCGGCACCGCCACGGGGCGCAUCGCCAAGCGGCCCUCCAGCAGCCCGGCCUGGAAGGCCUGGCAGCUGAUCGCCAUGCGCACGGGCGCGGUGGGCGUCAUCGCCGCCGGCGGCGUGGCGGCGUACAUGCACCGCCGGCAGAUCCUCGAGGGCGUGCGCAGCGUGCGCGGCCUGACCCGCCAGGACGUCGUGCAGGGGUACCAGCAGUCGGUGGACGCGCUGGGCCAGGGGCUGGCGUACGUCAACCGCGGCAACGUCGGCGCGUCGUUCGCCUGGCUGGCCGACCACUUCAUCUUCGUCGGCGCGCUGCUGAGGCAGAACGAGCUGGGCCGCCGGCUCGAGCGGCUGGCGGCGCUGCGCGGGGUCGGCGUGCGCGACGUGUACGCGUCGCUGGGCGAGAACGGCUACUGGAGCGGCGGCUACUUCGUGCCCGAGCGGACCUUCUGCGCGGUCCCCGCCAAGGACGAGCCCGCGGCGAAGCUCUUCGUCCGGCACGUCGUCGAGGGCGCCAAGGAUGAGAUUGCCGCUCACGUCAACCUGUUCAAGAAGGACAAGAACAAGGAGUAUGAGCGGUUGGUCAACGACGCGGCAAAACUGGUGGUGGAGUGGUUCAACGACGAGACCGAGAUCUACGACGACCCGAAGUUUGCGGAGGCGCCGCCUGCGGAGUCCGAGGAGACAGAGGCCCUUGCGAAGGCCGUCGACAGCGAGAGCAUUCCGCGCACGGCAGAGGAGAAAUCAACCGAGGAGAUCCCAGAAGAAGCGGACACCGAGAUGGAUGAUGAAGGAGUCCCCGACGAGUCCCCGAUCGACAUCGCCGCGGCAGCAGCUCUGGUCCCCCUUCCGGACGAUAUGGACGGCGGCAGCACCUCCGGCGGCGGAGGCGAGGAGGGCCAGGAGGCUGACAAGGCCGAGCAGAAGAAGGCCUACCUGCGCCAUCUACUCGGCGUCGCCCAGCAGGCGGGCUCCAAUCUGCGGUCGUAUCUGCCAUCGAGCAUCGAGUUGCCCAACGUGAAGGCGGCGAUGCCCAGCGUCGCGCUGCCGAACAUGCCCAACAUAUCCGUGCCGAGCAUGCCCAGCAUGCCGAGCAUGUCGAUGCCAACGCGGAUCAAUCCGUUCUCGAAAAAGUCGGCCGCCGAGCCGGGGCCUGCAGAAGUGCCUGCGGAAGCGGCGCUGGAUACGUCGGGAUCUACCGCGGAGGUAACUGACACGCCUGAAGGAAAAUCAGUCGUUGAGAGUGAGGCUCAGGUGGCCGGAUCUCAGUAG